AUUCAUGCUGAUUUAUGUACCUCUCUAGAGUAUUGUGUCAAAGAAUGCACUCCAGUACCGGGGAAAUUCCCAGCAUGAUGCCCAGGAGUUUCUGUUGUGGCUUUUGGAUCGAGUUCAUGAAGACCUCAAUCAUGCUGUGAAGCAGACUGGCCAGCCUCCUGUGAAGCCACCAUCAGAUACUGAUACGAUGUCUGAGGGACCAUCUUUUUCGGUCUGUAGCACUUUUGUACAAGAACUUUUUCAAGCCCAGUACAGAUCUUCUUUGACAUGCCCUCACUGUCAGAAGCAGAGCAACACCUUUGACCCUUUCCUCUGCAUUUCUUUGCCAAUUCCUCUACCCCACACAAGGCCUCUCUAUGUCACCGUAGUGUAUCAAGGAAAGUGUUCUCACUGCAUGAGGAUUGGCGUGGCCGUGCCCCUGUCUGGGACUGUCGCCAGGCUUCGGGAGGCAGUGUCUAUGGAAACAAAGAUCCCCACUGAUCAGAUUGUGUUAACAGAAAUGUACUAUGAUGGGUUCCACCGUUCCUUUUGUGACACAGAUGACCUGGAAACAGUGCAUGAAAGCGACUGCAUUUUUGCCUUUGAGACUCCAGAAAUAUUCAGGCCUGAAGGAAUUCUCAGUCAGAGAGGAAUCCACUUAAACAACAAUCUGAACCACUUAACAUUUGGCUUGGACCAUCAUAGACUGUCUUCUGCACACGCAGCAGCAAAGCAAGGGAAAAUGGACCUGCCUGUGGCGAGAGCAGGGAGCGACAAGAUUGUCCUGUUAGUGUGCAACCGUGCCUGCACCGGGCAGCAAGGGAAAAGGUUUGGACUACCUUUUGUGUUGCACUUGGAGAAGACAGUAGCCUGGGACUUGCUGCAGAAGGAAAUCUUGGAGAAGAUGAAAUAUUUCCUGAGGCCCACGGUUUGCAUUCAGGUGUGUCCAUUCAGCUUGCGUGUGGUCAGUGUGGUGGGAAUAACAUACUUGCUGCCCCAGGAGGAGCAGCCCCUGUGCCACCCAACAGUAGAAAGGGCAUUAAAAUCUUGUGGACCAGGUGGCACUGCUCAUGUGAAAUUAGUGGUAGAAUGGGACAAGGAGACAAAAGAUUUCUUGUUUGUAAAUACUGAAGAGGAGUAUAUCCCUGAUGCAGAAAGUGUCCGUCUGCAAAGGGAGCGUCAUCAUCAGCCUCAAACUUGCACUUUAUCCCAGUGUUUCCAACUCUACACCAAAGAGGAGCGGCUGGCCCCCGACGACGCCUGGCGCUGCCCGCACUGCAAGCAGCUGCAGCAGGGGAGCAUCACGCUGAGCCUCUGGACCCUGCCCGAUGUGCUCAUCAUACACCUGAAGAGGUUUCGACAGGAAGGAGACAGGCGUAUGAAACUUCAGAACAUGGUCAAGUUUCCCUUGACUGGCCUGGACAUGACACCUCAUGUGGUUAAGAGAAGCCAGAGCAGCUGGAGUUUGCCAUCCCAUUGGUCUCCAUGGCGACGACCUUAUGGACUCGGGAGGGACCCUGAGGACUACAUCUAUGACCUGUAUGCUGUGUGCAAUCAUCAUGGCACCAUGCAAGGGGGGCACUACACAGCCUACUGUAAGAACUCCGUGGACGGGCUCUGGUAUUGCUUUGAUGACAGUGAGGUGCAGCAGCUGUCGGAAGAUGAGGUCUGCACACAGACGGCCUACAUCCUCUUCUAUCAGAGGCGGACUGCAAUACCGUCAUGGUCAGCCAACAGCUCAGUGGCAGGCUCCACGAGUUCCUCCCUGUGCGAGCACUGGGUGAGCCGGCUCCCUGGGAGCAAGCCCGCCAGCGCCACCUCGGCAGCUUCCUCCAGACGCACCUCCCUGGCCUCGCUGUCCGAGUCCGUGGAGAUGACCGGGGAAAGGAGUGAAGAUGAUGGAGGUUUCUCAACUCGACCAUUCGUGAGAAGUGUCCAACGUCAGAGCUUGUCAUCCAGGUCUUCUGUCACCAGCCCCUUGGCUGUCAAUGAAAAUUGCAUCAGACCUUCUUGGUCCCUGUCUGCUAAGCUGCAGAUGCGCUCCAGCUCUCCUUCCCGGUUCUCAGGGGACUCUCCAAUUCACACCUCUGCCUCCACCUUGGAGAAGAUCGGGGAGGCAGUGGAUGACAAGGUCUCCAUCUCUUGCUUUGGUAGCUUGAGGAACCUUUCUAGCAGUCACCAGGAACCAGGCGAUGGUCCCAGUCGACGGGAGCACAAGGCUGUGGGCCGGGCCCCUCUGGCUGUCAUGGAAGGCAUGUUCAGAGAUGAGUCAGACACCCGCAGAUUGAACUCCGGUGUGGUAGAUGCACAGAGCAAACACUCAGUACAAGGGGCUCACUUACCCCCCAUCUCUGAUCCAUUUGAUAACAAUAACCAGAUAGCUUAUGUGGAUCAGAGUGAUUCUGUAGACAGCUCUCCCGUCAAAGAGGUGAAACCCCCGAGCCACCCAGGCUCCCUCACAAAGAAACCAGACAGCACAACCAAGAGCCCCCCCAGCUCCAAAGGCGCUUCUGAGCCCGAUAGAAGCCUGCGGAAGGGGAGGUCAGUGUUGGCAAGCCGGGAGUCAUCUCAGUCCAGUACCUCCCCUUCCUCUCCUGUUCCUGUCAAAAUUUCUGUGAAGCCCUCUCGCUCCCGAAGCAAGGCGGAUUCUGCCAGGGCCCCUGCCCCUCCCAGAAAGGAGCCCUCCCCCAGAGCCCAGGACUCUGUGGCCUCUCCUUCACCCCAGAAGCCAAAGUCAGCUUCUUCUCUCCCUUGCACUGCUUCCUCCAUACCUGCCAAAAAAGCCUCGGGCCCUGCCACGAGGGGCCCGGUCCCACUUGGGAAGGGCAGGACUUCAGAUAGGGGCUUAAGUAGAGAGGGCUCCAGACAAAGCCUGGUUUCUGACCGAGCCAGUGUCGCCUCCAGCUCCAAACCCAACUCCCCUCGGGUGAGCCAGGCCCGGGCUGGGGAGGGCCGGGGCGAUGGGAAGCAGCACAUCAGGAGCUCCUCCAUGGCCAGCCUGCGCUCCCCCAGCACGAGCACGAAGUCUGGUCUGAAGAGGGACAGCAAGUCGGACGAGAAGGGGCUGUCCUUCUUCAAGUCAGCCUUGAGACAGAAGGAAACUCGGCGGUCCACUGACCUUGGCAAGACGGCCUUGCUCUCGAAGAAGGCAGGUGGGAGCUCUGUCAAGGCGGUCUGUAGGAGUGCUGGGGACGACCAGGCAGAGGGAGGGCACCAUCCUCCAGGUUCCCAGCAUCCAAAGGCCAGUUCAGUUGGAAAAGAGCAGCUCGUCUCCAAGGACCCUGCUUCUUCUAGACAUUCCCUGCUGUCCAGUCGCAAAUCCAAGUCUUCCCAGCUAGACUCUGGCACGCCCUCAUCUCCUGGUGGCAGGCAGACCACUGAGAAACCUUCCCAAAAGCUACCUUCGAGCAUGCCAGCUUCUGCACGGCCUUCUCAGAAACCUCAGUGACACCGCUGCACUCCCAGUGUUGACCUGUAAAGGUGUUUAUUUAUUUAGAACCCCUUCC